AUGUCCGUGGAAGUUAUCAACACCCUUUCUCCAACAACUGGCGAGGUUGUCAUCACCCGCAAUGGCGCAUCGGCAGCCGACCUAGACCUGAUGCCCAAGGUGGCGACUGAAGCCUUUCAGAGCUUCCGGAAGACCACCCUGAAGGAGCGACAGGAAAUUGUCAAGAAGUUCCUCAAGGGCCUCGCAGACCGCGAAUCGGAGCUCGCAGAGGAGCUCACGGUGCAAAUGGGCCGACCAAUUGCCUUCACCGGAAAGGAGGUCACCACUGCCGUGAAGCGGGGUGAGUAUCUCCUCAAGAUCAGUGAUGAGGCCCUCAAAGAUACCGAUGGCGAGGCUGAGAAGGGCUUCAAGCGCUUCAUCCGCAAGGUCCCCGUUGGACCUGUCCUAGUAAUCUUUGCAUGGAAUUACCCCUACCUUAUCCUCGUCAACUCCAUUGUUCCAGCAAUUCUGGCAGGCAACACAGUCAUCCUCAAGCCAUCUCCCCAGACUCCCACAGUUGCGGAGCGCGUAUCCGAGAUUUUUACCGCCGCGGGAUUGCCCCAGGGCGUCCUCCAGUACUUCCACUGUGGCUCGCCAAGCACCAUGGAGGCGAUUGUCCGCGAUUCCAGAAUCGAGCUUGUGUGCUUCACCGGCUCCGUUGCUGGCGGCCUCGCCGUGCAAAAGGCAGCUUCGGACCGCAUCACCAACGUUGGCCUGGAGCUUGGUGGCAAGGAUCCUGCCUACGUGCGCGGCGACGUCGACAUUGACUGGGCCGCCGAGGAGAUUGUGGAUGGCGCCAUAUUCAACUCGGGCCAGAGCUGCUGCUCCCUCGAGCGCGUGUACGUCGACGAGAGCGUCCACGAUGCGUUUGUCGCGGCGGUGCAAAAGGUGCUCAAGGGCUACAAGCUGGGCGAUCCGUUCGACAAGGGCACCCACGUGGGACCCGUCAUCUCGAGCCGGUCCAAGGCCACCAUCGAGGGCCAUGUCAAGGACGCGGUGUCCAAGGGUGCCAAGGACGCCACGCCGGCCAACGAGACGUUUGAUAACCUGCCGGCCAAGGGCAACUUUGUCAAGCCGACGCUGCUGACCGGUGUGGACCACAGCAUGACUGUCAUGACCGAGGAGACGUUUGGGCCUGUCAUCCCCGUGAUGAAGGUCAAGAGCGACGCCGAGGCCAUCAAGCUGAUGAAUGACAGCGAGUUCGGCCUCACCGCCAGCAUCUGGACCAAGGACACGGACAAGGGAUACGAGCUAGCCGAGGACGUGGAGGCCGGCACCGUUUUCGUGAAUCGGUGCGACUACCCUAGCCCGGAUCUUGCGUGGACGGGGUGGAAGAACUCUGGUCGCGGCCAGACGCUUAGCAAGUUUGGCUUUGAUGCCUUUGUGAAGCUCAAGAGCUUCCACUUGAAGGACUACCCGAAAUGA